AUGACUUGGAAAAUCUUGCCGUUAGUUCUUUUUGCGACAACUUGUCUGGCAGCAUCUCACUCCAAAACAGAUGAUUUGGAGUGUAUGUUCCUUGGUUAUCCCGAAUUAGAAUAUGACGGCUUUGAUAGAACAGAGGUUUUAGUAGAGAAAAACUUUAACAAAACUGUUUUUGCUGAAGAUGCUAAAAGUGUUGUGUUUUUCAAUGAUGUUGAAGAAGAUGAUGAUGAAAAAGAUCAAUAUGAAUGCUUCUUACAGCUCUCUGCUCAAAUUAUGACCAAGAGAGGAUAUAACUUUUACACUGUCAAUACUACUACUCAACAUAACUUGCGCAGACAAGAAGAAGUUGAGAAGGGUGAAGACACAAUCCAUGUGUAUAAAGAUGGAUACAAAAUUGAAUACAAUGGUGUAAGAGAUCCCGAAACCUUUGUCAGCUGGCUUAUGGAUAUCCCCGAUGAUCCAGUUACUAUCAUCAAUGAUGAACAUGAGUUAGAAGAGUUUGAAGAUAUUGCCAACGAGUACGUUCGUAUUGUUGGAUACUUUGAGCCCGGAUCAAUUGCUUUGAAAGAAUUUGAAGAAGCUGCUGAAGAGUUUAUGGGAGAAAUUGAAUUUUUCGCCGUUGUUAAUUCAAAAUGGGCUCGAAAGGUUGGAUUGAAGAGAGUAGGUGAAGUUCAAAUGAUGAGACCAUUCGAAACCGAUCCAUUAUACGCCCCCUUAUCAGCUGAUACUGAGGAAGAAUUUGAAGAAUGGGUUAAUAAGCAUAAGGAGCCAGUAAUGAUGAAACUCACACUCGAGAACUACUUCAAUGUUUUCAGAGAUCCUGAAGAGAACGAGCGCAUGAUUUUGGCUUUCGUAGAUGAAGAGUCUAGAGAAGGAAGAGCUAUGCAUAAGCUAAUGGACAAACUUGCUGAUGAGAACUCUAACCAUGCUGGAACUUUGGAAAUUGUACUUAUUGACCCCGAUGAGUUCCCACUUAUGGUUGAUGUAUGGGAGGAUAUGUUUGGAAUUGAUAUUGAAGAGAGCCCUCAAAUUGGACUUGUUGACAUCUCUGAGAAAGAAGGAAUUUGGUUUGAUCUCUCUCAAAUUAAUCUCGAUGACCCUAAGAAACACGCUGAAAGCAAUUUGGAUGUUCUUCAAACUUGGAUCGAUCAAAUUAUGGACGGAUCUAUUUCCCUUGACGAUGAUGAUGAUGAAGAAGAGCAACCACCUCCACCACCACCAACCAAGAAGGAACGCAAAAACAAAAGAGAAUUGUAA